CGUCGCCGCCACCACCGCAAUAGUGAAGAGAGAAAGAUGUCAAGCUCACAGCGUAUGCGAAAGUCCUCGCCAUGCUCGAAGCAGGGCCCGAUGCGCGCCACCCUGCCCGUGAGCUCGCUGAUGAGGCAGGGCCGGCAGAGUAGCAGCCUCCGCAAGAGCAAUAGCAACAGUCCCACGGUCUCCCCGACGAACGCGGCCGCCUGGCGGGCGCGCAUCUCGCCGGAGACGUCGUCUUCCUCGGGACAGCGGAGCCCCGGAUCCCUGUCCUACAAAGCCAAAUCAAAAACAUUGAGCGGCCGCUGUAGUGAUAGCUUAAGUGGAAGCCAGAGCAUUCGACGGACAGCAUCUUUGGAUACAAUUUAUCUGAAAGGACAAUGGCCACGUGACUCCUAUUAUAUGCAUUCCAGUCUUUUGGUAGACAAAUCUACUCAGACGGAAGAAUGUUCCAAUGAGCCAAGAAAAAUGCAUACUCGUCAUCCCACAGAACAAACUGUCACUGAUGAAAAAAUGGAGAAGAAUUACUUCAGGCAUCGAUUACAACGUACAAAUAAGGAAGGUACUAGCAGUAGAGAGCGGACAGCGGCAUUUGGACUAAUAAUGCCAGGUGGUCCACCACCUGCACUUCCCGGAGAUCAUUCAGUAAUUCUGCCCAGUAUUGCUUCACAGACAUCCAUACACAAUCAAUUUAGCUUGAGUACAAAAGCAAGUCCCAUGAAUAUUCCGGUGAAACCAAUAAGGCCUCCAAUGCGUUCGUCUAUCGAAGGACUCAAUCAAGAAAUUGAAGGACUUGUGCUCAAAAAUACAGCUAAUAACAGCGAUGCAGACCAUCCAAUAGAAGACAAGUAUGCACGAUAUCGCGAACACAUCACUCCCGAAGGACAUCACGCCCCUCUAGCAGACUUAUUGCGGGCUACUCGUAGUGUCAACACACAAACACCAGCUACCGACCUUCCUUCCAGUUCUUAUUCUUCAGGCCCUCCAUCUAGGAAUUCUGAGUCUCCGCUGAUUCCUGGUGUUAUGGAUGCGUCCCGUCCGCCUAGCGAUCUCUUACAAGGUGGAAGCCGUGGUUCGACACCUGAACAAGAUAGAGAAGGACGUCUCGGCACUUCUCCUCACAUUAACAGGUUCCUCGCUAGAGAACCGCCCGAUGGCUGUGAGAAAGUCAACCUCAAAUUUGUGGAAGAUGCAAGGCGGCCCAUGAUAGAUUUGAGCAAACUAGAGUAUUGCCCAAAGCCGUGCGUUCCAGCAUUCCAGUUAAAACCCAGCUUGGGAUCAGCGUUCCUGCCAUUGCAACAGCCGGCCAGUCCGACAAUGGUCGCCAGUGCAUCACCCUCCGCGCAUACAACACCGACCACACCUCCUCCAAAUCCAUAGUCCCACUCUUUACCUUGCGGUGUUACACUUAUAAACUCGAUUAGUAUAUAUACAUAUAUAUAUUUUUUUUUAACGACCUUGUGGGUAGAAAGUGAUUUACUUCGAGAUAAAGGCAUAUAACGACAAAAAAGUUACCGAACAAAAGAACAGCCUGUUCCCAGUGCACCCCCGUGCGGACAUCGCGCGGACAUCGUGAAUUGUGUAAUUAAAGAGAAGUUGCAAUUGCAUCGAUAAAAAAAGUUUUGGAAGAUAUUUGAGAGCUCCGUUAUAAUGAUCGAAACAAUAAUAAAUACGAGGAACAAUAAUUUGUGAUAACUAAAAGGAAAAAAAAACAAAAAGAAAAGAAACGACAAAUGGUUUAGGAAUGAACAUUGUGUUCUACAGGGAAAAAAGACUAAUGAAAUUGUGUAUUCUAAAUUUAGUGCUAAAUGUGCUAAACGACUUUAAUUUUGUAUACACGAAUAAAUAUUCAAGAUGAGAAAAGGUAUUAAACUUCAUUGUUGAAAUAAACAAAAUUUUACGGAUAUAAAAAAAGAGCACGUGUUCACGAUAUAUAUAUAUGCAUAUGUAUGCAUAUGUAUAUAUACAUUGCUGCUUGUCUCUAUAAUGUUUUAUUAGAAUCUUCAUUGCUUGAAGUAACUCAAUUACCUAAUGACAGAUGAAUCACUGUUAGAAUUUUGUAUCGUUUUGUAUUAUUACUUGUAUGCUAAAAAUAUUCUCAAAUUAUUAUUAUACAAGGAGCUAAAAAAAUAAUGUGUCCCUCUGUAUGUAUGUAUGCGUGCGCGUGCGCGUGUCUUUGUUUUACAGAAAUGGCUUUGUAAGAAUGUUUGUUUUUAUGUAAGACAGAUACGGGUGAUCGUUUAUCGCAAAAAUUUAUUUGGAGUUAGAUAUAUUUAUGGAAGUUCAGUUUUGACAAGCAGAAUUAAAUAAACUCUAAAUUUUGAAAUAUUAAAGAAAUAUGUCAUAUUUUAUUUGAAGAAUUAAUAAUGCCUCGUUUUCUGUUCUAUCUUGUGACAAUACUAUAAAAUUAAAAUGUUUUUGGUUUAUCUUAUAUUAAAUUGCAAUCUGAAUAUGUAUAAUCAAUACAACAUACAGUGACAAAUUGAAUGUAUGAUGGAAUGAGUCCAAUGAGACAAGAAUAUAGAUAUGUAUUGAAUACAGAAACAAUGAGUGAUAAUACUAAAUAAUGAUCGAUGACAUGUGCUUUCACUAAUAUGGUAUCAGAUUUGAGUAAAAACGGUUCCCUAAUCUGGCAUGGAAGAUAGGUAUGCGUGUAUUUGUAUAGACAUGGAUAAUUAUGCUGAAAACAUAUAAUCUGCGUCUUAUACAAGUCACAGUAUGCAUGUGUUGUAAUAUCAGAAUCCUAAUUAAGCCAUUCACAUGAAUAACUUUGAAAAAAAAUCUUCUAACAAAGAAAAAUCAUCUUUAACGCAUAAAAUAUUUGCUCAAACGCAAUUAUCAAUCUAUGUCACAUUAGAUCAUACAAUUAGCAAUUCAGAUAGAAAAGUCGUUUUAAAUUUUUACAAAGGUAUUUACUACAUUUUAUUAACAGAAAUUUAAAAAAUAAUGGAUUUUUAUUGAAAGUUAUUCGUGGAGUGGGUUAAAUUAUUAUUUAGUAUAUGCAGACAUAGCCACUCAAGAACUUCAAGUUUAUUUUUUGCUUUUUAAUAAGAAAAGUUUUUGCAAACGGUUUUUAUAGUUACUGUGGAAAAUAAGAAUCUUGAUAGAAUGUAAAGUCAAGAGCAGAAGGAACGGUUUUUUAAAUACGAUAGUAAUAUACUUUCUAAUAAUGUAAUAUAUAUCUAGCCACAACAGUGAAGAAAAAGAAAAGAAUGUUAACACAUAAGUACCUGGCACACUGGUCUAUGCUCUCUUAUCCAGCUCACUAGGAAGUUCAUGCCUUAGAAUGCGUGGUAAGGUGUGCUACAUAGACAGGAAGGUUAAUCAGAGAGUCAUACACAAAAAGAGAGAGGAUAUACAUAAAAAAGAUGCACUGGCUAGUUAAAGUGUAUACAAUACAAAGAUACUGUAGUAUUUACUAGUUUAAGAGAAAGAACUUCGUUUUUAUUUAUUUUGCUACAGAUCUAACAACACCUCAUACCAUCACUUUGUCGUCUUAUCUAUGAGUGUAAAGCAGCUUUUAAAGAAAAAGAAAACGUAUUCAAUUACGUACUCCAGUCUGUUUGUGCUUUGCACUUCGAACGGAAAAUGAUUCCGACGUAACACGACAAUGUAUAAUUAAUGUUAAUGAAUAAAAUGAAAGGUUUUCGUACUUUUAAUAAGCAGUAACUUUUAAUGAGCAGUAGAUGAAAAAGAAAUGGUGUUUCAACUAGCCUCAUUAUUUUCACUGUACUUUAUCAUAAGGCUCCACUCUUUAACCUUCGUGUACUUGCGUAAUGUGUUAUCAUUAUUGUUAGCUUUUGUUGUCAAUUCUGUAAGCAGAGUAACGCGUAUGAAGACUGCUAGAACUGAGAAUAUUACCUGUUAUUCGAAUAUAUCUAAAAAAAUUUAAAGAUAAAUUAGGCUCAAAUCACUGAUUACUUAUGAACGAGUAUAGAUAUACUCUUGUAAUUUAUUAAAUAUUAAUCUCUUUACGUCACUAUUGUUCGGUACAUUCUCUCUACAUAUCUAAAUCUGAGCAGGCUUCAGAAACGGCAAAAUGAUUAUGUCAAUUAAAAAGUUCAUUUAACCCUAGGACAGUCUAGAUGUAUUGUUGCAGUAUCUUGCACACAAAAAAGUGAAAAUUGUUGAUCAUAUUUAUUGUAAUUUGUAAGAUGCUCAGAAUUAUACAAACUUUUCAAUACAUAAAACAUGUAUAGUGUAUAAAAUAUCUUUAAAAAAAUUUAUAUACCUGCUGAAAAAUUAAAUGCAACUUUUAUUCACUGUUUUAUAAUAAAUAUAUAAAACUAUGUAUUGUUUUUUACUCUAUGAGGGCUAUUAUUGACCCACUUUCUAGAAUUCCGUACUGCUUGUUCGCGAAAAUAUGUGUUUUAAAAAUAUUUUGAUGUACCGAGCAAUGUAUUUCUGCUAUUCGAAUGACGCAUACAUAUUUGCUGAAAUAAUCAAAAUUUGAUUUAUACUUUAAAUUUAUUUGAAAAAAACAAAGCUUACGUAAAUAAGCACUUUAUUUCAUUCACUGUUAUAUUAUACUGACAUGAUUUAUAAAUGUAUAAUAUUGAUAAAACGGUUGUUUACACACGAAUCAAUAUUUACAAAAUUGUGAAAAUUCUGUAUUUUGUCACAUGUAUAAGUUCGCCGACUUGGCCUAAUAAAUACAUAAAUUUGAAUUUCUAAUAUAAC